CUACGUCGUCAGUUGCUACUUUUAGCUUGUGGUGUUGUAUUUAGCUAGUGAUUUGCUUCUUUUAGCUUUUAAUGUAGUGAUUUGCUACUUUUAGCUUGUGCUGGGAUAUUGUUAGCUUCUGAUGCUACUUUUAGCUUGUAUUGCUUUUAGCUUUUGAUUUUCUACUUUUAGCUUGUGUUGUAUUUUCAGUUGUAAUGUUUGACUCUUUUAGCUUAUAUUGUGUUACUUUUAGUUUGUAUAGUAGUUUUCUACAUUUAUCUUGUGUUAUUUGUGGCUUUUAGCUAAUGAUUCUGUACUUUUAGUUGUGGUUCUUUAAGCCUUUAGUCAGCUGUCAUUCAGCACUCACACGGUUCYGUCGACGCAUGCGCAGAGCAGCAGAUGUGUUCACCUCUGGAGUGCAGCAGGAAUCAGGAAGUCUGUUUUCAUCCCAACGCAGCAGCAGACAUGUCAUCAUCUGCCUCACAGUCCGAGCUGAGGCUGGUCGUUCUGGGCCCAAAACAGGCAGGAAACAAGCCUGCAGUUUGCUCCAUCCUGGGCCUGGAAGUCCAGGGCCCGGAUGUGGGGGCUGAUCAGGAGUGCACCAAACACAGAGGAGAGGCUGCUGGCAGGCAGGUCGUGGUCGUCUCCAGUCCUGCCUGGUUCAGCUCGGCCUGCGACYCAGAGGAAAGAAGGAAACAUAUUUCCUCUCUGGUUGCGUUGUCGAGCCCUGGACCACACGCCUUCCUGCUCUGUGUUCCUGUGAGCCAGCCAGCUGAUGAUGAAACCAAAGCGCUCGCUGCCCUGGACCGGCUGUUCGGUUCCUCUGCCGUCAGCAGGAACACGCUCGUCCUCUUCACCCACAUGGAGGAGCUGGGAGAGGACGAGCAGCUGGAGGAAUACCUCGUCACGUGGCGCAAAGACCUCCUGGAGAUGGUGGCGAGGUGCGGCGACCGCUACCACACGCUGGAGCGUGGAGGCGGAGGCGCAGAGGAGCGGAGCGCGGUGGAGGAGCUGCUGGAGAAGGUGGAGCAGGUCGUGAUGGAGAACGGGAGCCAGCACUUCAGCUGCCAUCUCUACCAGGAGGCUGAGGAGAGGCUGCAGGCGAGGCAGAGGGAGGUUGUGAGGCAGAGGAGGGAGGAAGGCCCCGAGUCUCCCACAGACUCAGAAGUGACGGAGGAGGAGAUGGAAGCUGUCCGAGAAGAGGCGGAGAGGAGCGUGGGGGGCUUCGAUCUGGAUCUAGGUGGUAUCUUUACGUCUUCUAGCGUCUCACCUUCCACCCCUGUUCCUUCCUCUUUUCUCCAAAGGCUGUGGGGGAAGCUGGUGGCCUGGAUCAGAUGGCUGCCGUCCCUCGUGAGGAGGGAUGCCCUGAUGGGGGCCCUGGUUGGCCUCUUUGUGGGGGGGCCGUUUGGAGGGAUGGUUGGGGCCACUGUGGGCUCUGUGGCUACUGAAGUGGGGAAAAGGAAAACGGAGGAAACUGAGAAAACUAAAUAAGAGAUAAUGUCAUUAAUAUGUGCAAGAAGUUACAUCAUUUAUCUCUUUAAAUAUUACUCUAGAGCUAACUGACCUGUUAAAAUGCUAUUUUAGUGGCACUUCAAAAUGUUUCUGCACAAAUACGACCAAAAUGAAUCAUCCUUUAAUUUUUACAUUUGAACCAAGGCUGGACGAAGAAUUUUCUUGUAUUUUAUCAAAUCUGUCUUUUUCCCUUUGUAUAUUUUUUUUGUAGUUUUAUGUUAUAAAGUUACAUUUCAAAACUGGUGGUAGUAUCAUGGUUUGGACAUCUAAAUCUAAAGUUCUGGUGGUAGUAUCAUGGUUUGGACAUAGUAUAUUUGUCUGUACUUGUAUUUUGCUUUAUCAAAUCCAAGGUCCCCCAAGUGCUUCACAGUACAAUCAGUCAUACAUUGUAUGUAGUAUGUGCGUAUGUACAUAUUUAAAUCUUAAUUACACCUACAGUCUUGUUUUUAAAGAAAGACAGUUUUGGGCCUGCUGUAUUAGUUAUUUUACCUACAGAUGUUUUGGACAAAUAAAACAACUGAUUAUGUUAAUGAUUGGAUGUUAGUGUUCCAACUGAACGGACCCAAACACAAACUUUUUUCCACCCGUAAGUUAUGUAACACCACAUCCAUCUACUCAUCAAAUAAGCGACUCAAGUUUAACGUCUUUCUAGUUGUUUGCUCACCUGGUCAGGUUAGUUUCAUUCACUCAGUGUUAUUGUGUGAAAGAUUUAAACACUAAAGUUUUUUUUUUCUUUUACAUAGAAACAGCCAAAGAACUAAAACGCAUGGAAGCUUUUAACAACUUUUUUCUAUUUUAUUUUCAUGUUGUGUCAGCUGGUGUUUAAUGUUCUUAAUAACUUGCAGUGUUUUCUUUCAAAAUGAUGUUUUUUGUUUAAUUUAAUUUGACAGAUUAUCUUUCAUUGAGUGAGACAUUCUGAUAAAUUAAAAUCACUAAAGAAACUGA